GUCAAUCUUGAGAUCAGUGCAAAAAUGCCCCGACUUUUGUUGCAGUGCCGAAGCACUUUGCUGAUCCUCCGCCAUCAGACAGCUGUGAAAAAUGAAAAAGGACUCUUUAGCAAGCUUUUGGAGAAAUGCCAGUCCUUCCGCAAGGAAGAAAAGCAUGUGGCCGAGGAAGAGGAAUCAAAGAGGUCAUAGACCCUUGCAGGCGAUCCCAGAAGUCACCCCUUCCCGUUCGAGAUCAUAUAAUGGACAACAAAUUACCAUAUUGUUGCCGGGGGCCCAACAUGAAUCGGGUCCAUUUUACGGGCAGAUCAUAAAACGGAACGUGCACAGACAUUAUAAAGCCAUAAAGCAUCAACUAAAAUCUGGCAAAAAUAGCUUUAGAGCAACAGGCAUUGCACAGACUUAGGCAAGUGAUAUAACAUCAUUUCCAUGGGCCGUUUACGAUGUCUAAAAUCCCAGACGUUGAAUAAGGCGGAGAAUAGAAGUGAAGAAAGGCAAGAUUGACCAGGGAAACGUAUCAAAAUUUUCAGCGAAUACAAUUGAUAGAUAAAACAGAUCGUUUUAAAUGAA